CAGCCCCGCCUCUUCCGGUGCAUGACUGAUCAUGGCGCAGGGGCAGCGCAAGUUCCAGGCGCGGAAACCGGCGAAGAGCAAGACAGCUGCGGCAGCCUCGGAGCGGAACCGGGGCCCGAGGAAGGGUGGUCUCGUUAUCGCACCCAAGAAGGCACGCAUCGUGCAACAGCAAAAGCUCAAAAAGAACCUGGAGGUCGGGAUCCGGAAGAAGAUCGAACAUGAUGUGCUGAUGAAAGCCAGCACCAGUCUGCCCAAGAAGCUGGCACUGUUGAAGGCCCCCACCAAAAAGAAGGCAGCAGCCCCCUCCUCCACCAAGACGCCUUCCUAAGGAUGCAGCCCAGCAGAGGCCAUCACCGCAUCCCUCUCUGCUCAGACCUGUGCAGGGAGGAGGGGCCGUGCUCCCCAGAGCCUUGGGUUGCGCCUCAAACUUUACUGGGGGCCUGGCCCAUGAGCAGGUGAUCAGCAGGUCAGAAGUGCACCGGCUGGCUUCCCAGGCUGCCAAGGCCAAGCGCAGGCCAAGGCCAGGAGGAUGCCUUCACCAGCUUCCUGUGUCCCCCUCCCCCUCCCCACAUCCUGUCUCCACUGGUUUAACCCGGAGCAAUAAAUACCUGACUUUGUCAUUCC